GCAGCCUCCUCCUCUUCAGAAGAAGCAGAGCUGCUCCGGGUCCAGACACCGACCUUCCUUCGGACCCUGUAGCUGACCAUGAGCGCUCUCCUGCGGCCUGCCUUCCUGCUCCUCCUCGGCCUCUCACUGGCCGUCCUGCCGGCGUCCUGCUCCCGGCUCCGGGUCCCUCCUCACGACCAGGUGGCCCGGAUGGCCCGGUUCAUCGCCCACCGCUGUGACUGGGCCUCCAUGGCCACCGUGUCCACCCACCCCCCGGUGGUCGGUCAGCCCUUCUCCAACGUCUUCUCGGUCAGCGACGGGCCUCCCGGGGCCAGCUCCGGGGUUCCCUACCUGUACCUGACCCGGAUGGAGGUGUCGGUCCAGGACCUGCAGGUGAACCCCCAGGCGUCUCUGUCCAUGUCUCUGGCUCAGACUGAUUACUGCAGACAGCAGGGCUUCGACCCUCAGAGUCCUCUCUGUGCUCAUAUCAUCCUGUCUGGAUCCGUGCUGCAGGUAAAUGGGACAGAGGAGGAGUUUGCAAAGAAAUCUUUGUUUGUUCGACACCCGGAGAUGAUCGACUGGCCGACGGACCACAACUGGUUCUUCGCCAAGUUCAACAUCACUCAGGUGUGGGUGCUGGAUUACUUCGGUGGGGUGAAGACCGUCUCUCCGGAGGAAUACUUCCAGGCCACGCCAUUCAAAGACCACUGAUGGGAGUUGUAGUCCUAGCGGUGUGUUUGUAGUCCUCAGGGGGUGGCCAUGUUGAUUUAAAGGAACAGCGUCUCUUUAAGAAGAUCCUGAAAACCCAGAAAACGUCUGAUUUAUGGAGAAAAUCGAUCAUUUUAGUGGAAAAUCUAAAGUUUUCAGACUUUUUGAGGAGGAUAUUUAAAUAUGAAGCUUAAUUUAGUAAAACAUCAGGGUUUAUUUUAAAUUUAAAGAUGUAAUUGUGACUUAUUUUUGAUAAAUCUUUAUUUUUUUAUCUUUUCCAGAUAAGUGCCUCCAGAAUCAUGAGACUAAAUGCAGAUUUAUUCUGUAAUGAACUUUAUCACUUUAUUCAUUCAGAACAUUUAAAUUCUAAAUUAUAUAAAAAAUCUUCUCAUUUAAUUUGUUCAUUUCAGUGUUUUUAGACUUUGGUUGGGAUUAAAACAUUUAAAUUCGGCUUUUAAAGUGAAUAAAUCUGCAUUACAUGUGUGAAAAUGUGUUUUUGUUGUUUAGGUUGGACAUAAAUCAGAACAUUUAGAUUCAUAAUUGAACCAGUAGAAACCGUUGAAUUAAUUCAGAGGAAACCUUUAAAGUCAUUUUAUGUUUUCUCUGAAUUAUUGUUGUGGUUUUAUAAAACAGUUUUUAUACUCGUUUAGUUCUAAUAACUCCAUCAGAGGCUUUUAUUUAAACAUAUAAUCUUUAUUUUUAGUCAUGUUGCUGCAGAAAACCGACUUUAUGACGAACAAAACACACAGGAGACCACUCUUAUUUUGAAAAAUGCUUAAAAACGAGCGUGUUGUGGGCGGGGCUUGAGUCGGCUAUGGGCGGGCUUUGUCUGGUGUGGGCGGGGCUUCCGUCAUCCUUUUGAUCGGGAUAUUGCUUGAAUCAAAGUUUCCUGUGAAACGUGAUUGUUGUUUGUAUAAAGGUUUGAGCUUAAAAUGAAA